GGUCAAAAUCUUGAACUCGCUACACACACAAGAAACAAUUCACAUUUUGACAUUUUUGUUGAGUCGGAAUUAUAUAUUCAACGAAUAAUAAUUCAAAGAGACAAUAAAAGUGUACUUGUCCGUGAAAUUUCACAUGAGUUAGAAGUUUUGAACUUUCAUAAACUUCUUACACCUGUCGUAAUACAAAUUAAUAAAAAUAAUUCCAAUGCAAAUGAACUUGCAGAAUAUUAUGCAUAUCAGCCAAAAAAAGAUGAAACAAUAUGGGUACCUUUGCUGCCAGGAUAUACAAUAUAUACAAAAAUUAGUAAUAAUUUUUUUAAACUUUCAAUUAUAAAAGAUGCCAAUAAUCAAUUAAGUUUCCAAUGGUAUUUUUAUGCGAAUGAUGAAAGUUUUAAAUUAUUAAAAAAUAGUGGACAAGAUAAUAUUUGUUUUAAGACAUGUUUUAAUAAAUAUAAUUGGCCUAAUAAUCAUUUAUUAUUAUGGUAUUUGGGACUUACAAAUAAGACCAACAUUCAAUUCUUACAAGAAAGAAUAACACAAAAAUAUCCAAAUAUUUUUAAUCGUUAUUCACAAACCGUAAAAGCAUUUAAUUCCAAAAAAGCACUAAAAAAUUCUCUUACCUGUAUAAAAUUUCAAUUACAAUCGGCUAUAGAAACAGAAGAAAUUCCUAUAAGAAAAGGUGUAGUUCUUAAUAAAUAUAGAAAACAUCUAUCACCUCAAGAAAUUCAAGCCUUAAUUGUUAAACAUAAUACAGUUAACGAUAAAUUAAACAAUGCCAAAAAAACUAUUAAACAAUUAAAAGAAAAAAUUACCAACCUAACAAAUUUACUAAAUCAAGAUACAGAUUUAUCUUAUAAUAAAACAUUAUAUAAAACAGUUGAUGAUCUAAUUGAAAAAUGGAAUCUCGAAUAUAAAACUACAAUGGAAAUUUCUAAUGAAAAAAAGGAUAUAUGUUUUUCAAAGGCUGUAGCUGCAGGUGGACUGGGCGCUGGAACUUCUUGA